AGGCUAAUGAUAAUGAACUUGAUUUUUGUAAAUGUGUCAGUUGUGUAUGUGUCUUUAUUAUGCCAUGUCUAACAAUACUUCUUCCUGCCCACUGGAGGGCGCUGUUUGACAUAGGUUGAGUUAAAAUCCAGUUCGACAAAACUUUAUUUGUUAUGCUUCAUAGCCUAAAAGCACGAAAAGCACAGCGGCCAUUUCGCAGCAGAGAGAUUGCGUGUUUCUUUCAUCUUCUUCCUUCUGUUGUGUAAAACCCUUAAGAAGCUUUGCUUUUUCACAAAAGAAUGUAACGGAGAUUGAACUACAUGAUUGCACUCAAGCAAAAGUAAAGAGAAAAUUUACUCAAUCAUCUGAGUGGUCAUUGAAGCUGAUCAGUCAUCUCCUUGCAAUGUUUGGCUAUCUGUAUAUGCAUGCUCGACACACACGCAUGCAGAGGACAGAAUAGUGAAAAAGCAUCAACACGAAAGGUAGAACACAGCACUUACAAGAAGAACAGCUAUCCAGUUAUUUCAGCCAUCGCAACUGAUUCAAGAUGGAAGUUAAAGAGAAAGCUGAGGAGCAGCCACAGACAUUGAACGUCUCACUCAGUCGACUGGAAACCAGGUCAGUGAUAUCUGCAUCUUCCAAGAGCUCAAGAUCAUCCACAGCAAGCAUGGCAGCUACCAGAGCGCGGGCUAAAGCGGAAGCAAUGAGAGCACGUACAACCUUUGUCGAGAGAGAGGCUGAGGUACUGCUAGAAAAGGCUAAACUGGAAUCUGAACUGUUAUCUCUACAGCAUAAAAAGGAGGUUGCAGCAACAGCAAAAGAGGCCGAAAUUCUGGAAGCAGAGAUAGAGUCAGGAGAAAUUGAUAUGGCAAUUGACGCCACAGCAAAUCCACCGGAGACCGCUGAAAAGCGCACAAAGGACUAUGUGGACAGUCUUUCUGGGUCAAGUUUUCACUGUCUUCCUCCCGUUAAAGCAGAACUUGACUCCCGUGAUCACGAACAGUUCAUGACAACGCCUGCACUGCCCACCAUGACUGCCACAAGCCAUGUCCCACAAGAUGCUGGCAGAUUGACACGCAUGUCUACUUCCAAACCAUACCAAGUAAGUCAGCCUAGAAUGCCCAGCAGACAGCUAUCAUUUCCCCAGCACACUCCUGUUAACCUGCCAUACAUAUCGUUCUCUCGUAACCAAGGAUAUGGACAAGUUCCUGUUUCUGAGAAAUCUAACAAACCUCAGACUCCCUACCUCAGCAGUACAACACAACAGCCAUCCUCUUCAGACCACAUAGGUAUGAGUGAAAUCGCUAGAUACCUUGUGCGUCGUGAGUUUGUUAACUCGGGGCUUAGUAAGUUUGACGAUUGCCCGGAAAAUUACUUUGCAUGGAAGUCGUCAUUUGUUAAUGCUCUAGAAGGACUAUCGCUCACCCCUAGCGAGGAGCUUGAUCUUCUGAUAAGGUGGUUAGGACCACAGUCUUCAGAACAAGUUAAGAGAGUAAGAGCGGUUCAUGUCGCCGAUCCAGCAGCUGGCUGUAGAAUGGCAUGGUCCCGUCUAGAAGGAAGCUUCGGGAGUGUGGAAAUAAUUGAGAGAACACUUUUUGAUAAGCUGGACUGUUUCCCUAAAAUCAGCAACAAAGAACCCCAAAAGUUAAGAGAACUUGCAGAUCUUCUCAAGGAGGUGGAGUCAGCAAAGACUGGAGGCUUCUUACCUGGGCUCUCUUUUCUAGACACAGCGCGGGGUGUGGCACCUAUUGUCAACAAGCUUCCUCCUAACCUCCAAGAGAAGUGGAUGUCCCAAGGGUCUUAAUACAAGCUUCAGUUCCAGGUACCAUUUCCUCCAUUCUCAUUUUUCACAGAUUUUGUAUGCAGGGAAGCCUACAUACGCAACGACCCAAGUUUCAUGUUCCACUUAUCUUCGACUGCCCCUGUAAAGCCAGACGUUUCAGUGAAAAGAGGCGGACCACUGAAAAGCUUUAUCUCUACUCACAAAACUGAGAUUGCACAAAGAACCAGCUCUACCGAUUCACUGAAUAGUAAUCCAGAUAUCAACAGACAGUGCCCCAUUCACAAAAACCCCCAUCCCCUCAAACGAUGCAGAGCCUUCAGAGCUAAGAGUAUUGAGGAACGAAAAGCGUUUUUGAAGGAGCAUAAUCUCUGUUUCAGAUGUUGUUCUUCGAGCGACCAUGUUGCCAAAGACUGUGAUGUAAGCAUACAGUGCACAGAGUGUGGCAGCAACAAACAUGUCACAGCUCUUCAUCCUGGACCACCUCCAUGGAUGCUAAAAGUACCCAACGCAGAGCAUGGCGGGGAGAAGGAAAGUUCAAACCCUUCCAUUAACUCUAAAUGCACAGAGGUCUGUGGAGGUACUAAUAGUUCACGAUCUUGUUCAAAAAUCUGUCUCAAAGUUCACCCCAAGGGAGAGCCAGACAAAUCACUGAAUGUCUAUGCUAUACUUGACGAUCAAAGUAAUCGUUCACUUGCCAGGUCUGAGUUCUUCGACCUCUUCAAUAUCAAGAGUACAGAAUUUCCCUACACCCUGCACACGUGCGCUGGGGUCACAGAAAUGUCUGGGAGGCGAGCUAGGGACUUCAUCGCACACCCUCUAGAUGGCAGUCUGUCAGUCCCACUCCCUACGCUCAUUGAGUGCAACUGCAUUCCUGAGGACAGGUCGGAGAUACCCACUCCUGAAGCAGCAAAACACCACCCACAUCUCAAAUCUAUUGCUCAUCUCAUCUCUCCUCUAGAUCCAAAUGCCCAAAUACUUCUCCUUCUCGGACGUGAUAUCCUUCAAGUCCAUAAGGUAAGAGAGCAACGCAAUGGGCCACAAAAUGCUCCCUAUGCUCAAAGACUAGACCUUGGCUGGGUUGUGGUCGGCGAAGUCUGUCUUGGUGCUGCUCACAAGCCCUCAACUGUGAGUGUUUACCGCACCAACAUUCUAGAAGAUGGGCGUCCAUCCUGCUUUAGCCCAUGUCCCAAUAAGCUCUACCUCAAGGAGAAAUUAACUGCACAUCCAAGUGUUAAAGCCUCUCUGUUUCCUCAGCUUGCUCCCAGCCCAUCAGCCACCUCAAUCUUCGAAAGUACGAAAGAUGAUGAAAAGAUAGCCCCCUCAGUUGAGGAUAGGCAGUUCAUUCAGUUAAUGGACAAAGAAAUGUAUAUGGAUGACACUAAUAGCUGGGUAGCACCCCUCCCUUUUCGUUCACUCAGACAACGCCUUCCAAACAACAGAGAGCAAGCUCUGAGUCGUUUCAACUCUCUCUGUUGCACUCUACGUAAGAAAUCCGAGAUGAGAGAGCAUUUCGUGGAGUUUAUGCAGAGGAUCUUUGAUAACGACCAUGCUGAGCCAGCUCCUCCUGUGAACCCAGGGGAGGAGUGCUGGUACUUACCCUCCUUCGGUGUGUAUCACCCACGCAAGCCUGGACAAAUCCGCGUAGUGUUCGACUCCAGUGCCCAGUUCCAUGGUGUGUCUUUGAACGAUGUACUGCUAACGGGCCCCGAUCUAAACAACAGUCUAGUAGGAGUUCUACUGCGAUUUAGGCACGAGCCAAUAGCCAUCACUGCGGACAUAGAGCAAAUGUUCCACAGUUUUGUCGUCAGGGAAGAUCAUAGGAACUUUCUCCGCUUUCUGUGGUUCAAGAACAAUGAUAUGUCUGAAAGCAUGGUAGAAUAUCGCAUGAAAGUCCAUGUCUUCGGCAACAGCCCCUCUCCAGCUGUUGCCAUUUACGGCCUUAGGCGUGCUGCCUUGUACGGUGAAGCUGAGUUUGGUGCAGAUGUGAGACGUUUCAUCGAAAGAGACUUUUACGUUGAUGAUGGACUUAAGUCACUUCCCUCCAUCAAUCAAGCAAUAAGUUUGCUUAAGGCUACCAAAGAUAUGCUCGCAAUUUCUAACCUAAGACUCCACAAAAUAGCAUCCAACUGCUCAGCUGUGAUGCACGCAUUCUCUCCAGCCGACUAUGCUAAAGACUUGAAACAUCUGAAUCUAGACACUUUGCAGCGCAGUCUCGGCUUGAGUUGGGAUCUUCAGAACGAUGCAUUCACAUUCCAUGUCAACCUCAGUGACAAACCAUUCACACGCAGAGGAGUCCUGGCGACUGUAAACAGUUUGUUUGACCCUCUCGGCAUGGUUGCGCCAAUUACCAUCCAAGGGAAACUGCUACUCCGUGAACUUUCAAACACAAAGUCAGACUGGGAUGCCCCCCUUGCAACCGAAAAGGAAGUAGAAUGGAACCUGUGGAAAGACUCAUUGCAAGACUUAGAGCAGCUCAGAAUUCCCCGAACCUACACUCCAAUGUCCAUUUCUCACUCAGUAAGAAAGGAGAUUCAUGUCUUCUCGGAUGCAUCUGUUCAGAACAUAUCCGCAGUCGCAUACUUGAAAGUAACAGAUCGUGACGGAAUGUGUCAUGUCGGGUUCAUUAUGGGAAAAGUCAAGCUAGCCCCUCAGACAGUACAUACAAUUCCCAGACUUGAACUGUGCGCGGCCGUCCUUGCAGUCGAAAUAGCAGAACAAAUUGUCCAAGAACUAGACAUCAACCCUGACACCCUGUUGUUCUACACGGACAGUAAAGUAGUUCUGGGGUACAUCUGCAAUGAGACCCGACGGUUUUACGUGUACGUCAGCAACAGAGUGCAGAGAAUCAGAAAAUUCACUCACCCAGAGCAGUGGCGGUUCAUUCCAACCUCACAAAACCCUGCUGAUAUUGCUACUAGACCAGUCACUGUAUGCCGCCUAAUUGAAACAAACUGGCUCACUGGUCCGUCAUUUCUGCAACAUCCAGCAUCCAUUCCUGUGAAAGAAGCUCCCUAUAAUCUUAUCCACCCAGAUACGGACGUAGAAGUGCGAGCACAUGCCACUACUUGUUUAAGUCUUUACAGAAGGAGCAAUCCGCGCUGGAGGAUUCUGGAUAGUUGGAGCAAAAAGACGCAUCAGUGGCAUCCUUUACAAGUGCAUCACUUGUCGCAAACAGAGAGGUAA